GGGAGAGCGUAUCCGCACGGUCCGGCUCAGCGAGAUUUCCGCGCGCAAACAGCUGACAACAUCAGAUAAACUUUUCGUUCUACCACGACAAUCGAUGGCCAACCUCACCGCGCUCGAAGCUCACCUUGCGACCCGCUCUUACAUCGAGGGGUACACUCCGUCCCAGGCUGAUGUGGUCGUCUUCAAGGCGAUCGCCGCGGCCCCGAGGGCGGAGACCAACCCGCACGUCGCGCGGUGGUACACCCACAUCCAAUCGUACGCCGCCGAACACGCAUCGCUCCCUGGCUCGAGCACCGCCGGCGAAUCCUUCCUCGGCGAAUCGGCCCCCGCUGCUGCUGCUGCCGCCCCGGCUGCCGGAGGCGACGAUGACGAGAUCGAUCUGUUUGGCAGUGAUGACGAAGACGACGCUGAGGCUGAGCGGAUCAAGGCUGAACGUGUCGCGGCGUACAACGAGAAGAAGGCCAACAAGCCGAAGCCCGUCGCCAAGUCCGUUGUCACCCUCGAGGUCAAGCCCUGGGAUGAUGAGACCGACAUGGUUGCCCUCGAGGCUGCUGUUCGCUCCAUCGAGAAGGACGGCCUUGUCUGGGGAAGCAGCAAGCUUGUUCCUAUCGGCUAUGGUAUCCGCAAGCUCCAGGUUACGCUUGUCGUCGAAGACGAGAAGAUCUCUUUGGAUGAGUUGCAAGAGCAGAUCGCCGAGUUUGAAGACUACGUCCAGAGCACGGACGUUGCUGCGAUGCAGAGGACAAGCAAGACUUGGGACCUGCGCUCAGGAUGGGGGCCCGCAGAGCAGGAGCAUUUAAACGGGACGCGCGUGUCAGAGAGACAGUACCUCCUCCCGCCGCGGCCGCCGCCUAGUAUGUUGUCCCCGCUCGAGUGCAUUCCCCACGACGUCCUGCUGCACAUCGCCCUCCUCGCCGCGCUCUCAGGCCCCGGCAUCGUCGCGCCCGACCUGCUCUCGCUGCUGCUCACCUCGCGCACACUGCAUGCUGCCCUCGCCCGCCAGUCCAGCCCGAAUCUGUACGCCGCCGUCUUCAGACGCACGUUCAGCGACGCCGCGGGGCACACCGACGGCGUGCUCGCGGCCGAGCUGGUGCAGCGGUGCCGUGCCAUCCGCCGGUGCACCACGCAGGACGUGUCGCCGCGCGGGCUGCGGCAGGAUCUGUGGACGCUGCUCUGGACGCUGCUGGGCGACGACGGGUGCCACGCGCUGCUGCCGCUCGGCCGCUUGCCGGAAUGCAUAGCCAAGCUCGCGCUGCUCCAUCUGCGCGAGGACGCGUUGACGUCGGACGAGACCAAGGGAUUGAUCGCGUGGCUACUGUGUCUCAGCCUAACACGGGGUAUGUUGUUCUCCAUCUCCCCCGCGCGCGCGUCAAAUGUUGCGCGUCACAGUCUCGAGACGCGGAACGCCCUGGUCGGUCUGGCUCGGCCCUUGAUCAGCGUUCCUGCCAUCACUGGUGCUUCUGCUGCUGCUGCUGCUGGCGAGGAGCCAGUGCUGCACUUCAAUCAGCGGUAUUUCGGGCUGAGCCCUCCCGCGCCCUCGGACGGUGCGAUCAUCGUCACCUUCGCGCUCAAGGAGGCCGUAGCGCUCCAGGUGCCGCACCAUCUGCCCCCCACACGUGCCAUUGCCACGGCCGAGCACCGCACGGGGCCCACGACCGAGGAUUACCUCGCGUUCCAGCGCACCGGCACCCGGCUGUUCUCCGAUGUCCGGGCGGAGGUUUCUCGGGCGACAACAACAACAGCAACAACAACACCCGCGCCGUCGGCUGCCACUCUAACAAAUCGCGUCGUGUCGCCGUCUGAUCCGUGGUUUGUCCAGACGUUGUCGACCCCGGAUGGACGACCGGCAGCCGUGUCGCAGCCGUACGCAUCCGGACUGCUUGUCGGCCUAUGGGAAGGGUCGCUAAUGAUUUCAUCUUAUGACGACGACGCCGACGCCGACAACGACAAGUCUUCUGGCUUCCCGGACUAUCUUUGCCGCACCCCGAUGCAAUGCUACUUCUCAGAGUACCACUGCUCGGCUCCGCAGUGUCCGCUAUCACUCGACUACGACUUGCUGCAGCUCUCACCAGAUCCCUACUCGCCGGAACUCGCCGCCUACCAAGAAGUGAGCGUUCCGUUGUCGGCCCCAGCGAGUGGCGACGCCGCUAUCUUGGAUCGCAUUAUUUUUGGCCAGACGCUGGCGGACCACGAGGAAGCCUGGUCGCCCGGCGGGUUUAAAUUUGCUGGGCGGGUCGACGAUAACGGAGAAAUCGCCUUCUCGCGACGCGCGAAACACGACACGAAUGAGCGAUCUGAGACGUGGAUAUUCCGGGGGCGGGUGCGAUACGGGACGGCCUUUGUGGGGACUUUCAGAUCAUCUGACGAGGCCGCCGGCGUCCGCGGCAUAUUCAGCCUGCGCAAAAAACACUGAUAGAGACUUGCUUAUCUAGCGUGAAGCCUAAUUUACCCGCCCCAGCAGACGUACUGUAAUGCAGAAAUAUCUAUCCCACUCACUGACUGCAUCAUAUCUGAUAUGCAUUAACUGUGUUUCGCCCGCUCGCCCGCCCACGUAAUAAACAAUCGAAGCGCGCACGCUCGCACCGUCUCGACUUAUCUCGCCCCUCCACUGGUCCCAGAUGUCUACCACCCAUUCCGGGCACACCCUCUUUUUGGGACGGCUGGUUCGUGAGAGUCUGAGCGGGCCUUCGCUGUGAAGAAUCUCCGGAUGUCAAGAUGCCCUCCCACGCGGCUGGGCCUGUCGGCGGAGGACCAGCUUGGCCACAUGGCAGGCAGGUGCCCAGACCGCGCGCACGGAGAUGCACAAGCACAGGCGCAUCGACGGAUGUGCCUUUUCGCAUGAAGUCAUCAUCAGAGAUCUGCGUCGUGUGGGAGUCAAUCGGCAUGACAGAGACGCGGCAGCGUCCGGAUGAGGGCAUCGGUAGGGCUUAGUACGGACCCGGGGAUUCCACUCGCCCGCCGCCGUCUCUCAUGUCCGAUCAACUGGACUCCAUGCAAUUCACUUCCGCUAAAACCUCCGUCGAUGUCGAUGUAACAGCAGGUCGGCGGCUGGCCGCAUGAAACGGCUGCGUAGCGCGUAAGCGUAAUGGAUGGUGACAGAGGUCGAGAUCGAGUCCAGACGGAAUUGGCGAAGCCUUUCCGGCGCAUCGGUGUGCUGUCCAUCCAUCUCAUCUGCGAGUUUCCGUGCAGGUAAGGCGGGAGCCCCCAAAGCGGCAAGUGUUCUUGCCCUGGGGGUGGCUCAUGAGAGCAUGUGAUGUGAUGUAGGUGUUUCGUUGGGGACAACCACUCUUCCAACCCUAGUUACAAGGGUUUCUCGUUCUCGUCAACCACAGUGAUAGAAGGCGGGAUUUGACCGCCGGCUGCCGAUGACCUUGCACGAAUAUGAACUGGGCAUGCCAUAUAUGGCAACUGUGCUCCAUCAACCGGGGGUAUGCUCUGUGCGCUGCGCUCUGUGCGCUGCGCUCUGUGCUCUGAUGAGAUGUUCAUGUAGUGUGGGCGCUGCAAAAUGAAAAAAGCCACACGCGACGUCCGGAAGUUGGAAAGCGGGAACUGCGCGCGCGGACACACGGAGAUGCGAUGGUGGCACUCGCCAGUCGCCGGGUUCCGGCUUUCCUCGCUGAGCUGGGGAGAGGCAUAAUGAUGACGCCUACGUCGCAUGCCAGUUCAUUUCUGAUAUCAAUCCAUCACCAGCGGACAUCUGCGAGAAGACCGCUGCCCAACUCGGACGGUGCAUGGCCCGUUUCAAGGUUGCUGUGAUCAUCAUGAGACCGUGUCAUGCACGGCCCAACCCGAGGGCCACCAUCAGCCACGUGACGACAGUUGAACUGGAAGUUGAGCGAUCAACAAGGUUCCAAGCUAUUCAGCUAGGCGAGUAUGUAUUGUAUCGAUACUUGUCCGUCACAAACCUUGAUAUUUGGCCGAGGUCUUCCUCGGAGUGGAGCAGGGAAGCCCAUUGGGAAUAGACGAUCAAUCUGCCGAUUGAACCUUGACAAGUCCUGACGACGCCCACAAACCGGGUUCACCCCAAUUCGAACCUCGAUAUCGGGCGAGCCGGAUUGGCUACAGAGUGCCUCUUUGCCGGCUUCUUCACACGUCUUGGACAAGUCCCCGUUUCGUCCUGUCUGCGCGCCUAGACUUGGAGUGCGAGACUGAAUUGUAUUAGUCUGAAUGCCGUGCGCUGCGUGCGAGUCAGUUGCCUGGAUUGCGAACUGCGCCCCCGCCGCCUCUAUAGAGGCCGGUAAAACGGAGACCUCUGUCACAUGCGUUCUCUGCACCUGGUAUGGAAGGUGCUGCUGCUUCCCGCGUUUCGGCAGCGGGGUCUCCACUUCUCUCGGCAGCAG